AUGGCAGGGUCGGGCAAGAAGAGCAAAGGCAAACCGGGGGGCAAGCAGAAGAAUAAGAAGGGGAGAACCCAAGAAGCGUCUGACAACCCAUCUGAGACCCCUUCCGCUGAGCAGCAAGACCAACAGCCGCAGCCGGAGGUCGACAGCGAACCUCCUUUUGAUCAAGAAGAUCAACAACUACAAGCAGAGGUUGGAGCCGAACCUCAACCUGCUGAAAGUCAAGGACUUGAAUCAAACCUUCCUCUACAGUCUCUCCCGGAACCUGCCCCCGAAUACGGACAGGCCCCGGAACAAGUUCCAGAACUGGCGCACCCUCAACCUGUUGCAGCGACAGCCUCGGCUGUGACUGAAAAUUGGGAAGACCCUCAACCAUCGACGAACCUGGGCCAAGAGGAUAUCUCGAGUCAGCCGCAGACAUUGAACGAUGUGAGGAACGUUUUUGAAGCGACUCACGAGUCCAUUCUGGAGGAAUUAGCGGUACCGGACCCUCCGACAGAGACAGAGACUGUUGAGACGAAUCCUGAGCGUAACCAUGGUCUGAGUGGUCAGAGUGAUGCUGCCGACGCCCCAGAGCCGACCCCAGUCACGGCACCUCAGACUCCCAUGUUUCCAGAAGCAGCAGCAGCUUGUCCGUUACCAUCGCCGUCUCUGACAGAGACUGAGUACGUAGCGGCGUCUUCUCGCUCGAAUGCUGCUUCCCCGGCACCCAAUCCUUCCUCAGAAGCCGAAGCUGAAGUCGAUCUCCCAAAUUCUCAACAAGAGCUUACUCCACCUGCGGACCAAGCCAUUUCGCGAGCAUCGGACCCAGCUUCGUCCUCGCGGCCACUAUCUCCUGCACCUGUAGCAGCAUCUUCCGAACCGCCGGCGUUCUCGUCUGUUUUCCAGAUUGCCUCUCCUGCCUCAGAGGCGGCAUCCGCUGCGUUACAUAGUGCAUCUCCUGUAAAUCAACCUGCCUCUCCUACGUUUCAUACAGCAUCGCCUGCAUCAAAGCCAUCUUCGCCCAUUCCACAGUCUGCAUCUUCUCACUAUAGAGGCGCCUCGCCCGUCAUGGCGAACCCAGCGUCUCCCGCGCAGAGACAUGCCUCGAAACCCGCCUCUCCCCAUGCAAAGGCCAGCAGUCCGCUUACUCGUCCCUACAUGUCUCCAGCGGUUUCGCCACACGCUACGCCGUUCGGACCUCCGCCGCCAGUCCCCAGCGUGCCUCACUCAAUCGCUCCUAGCUAUGCCACUGCUUAUCAAUCACCUGCGAUGAGUUCUGCUGGUUACAUGCCUCAUUAUGCUCCUUACUAUCACCACCCCUCUCCAAAUAUGCGUCCCACUCCUCGCGGCUCAAUAGAUCCUCAUUAUGCGUCGGCCUUUCAAGCCAUCCGGGAUAUGGGGUUGCCAAAUGGGCACGGUGUGAAUGACAGGGGAACCAUUUCACCCCCUCAGGAGCAGCACGACGAGCCUAUUGAACUUCUCCAAAGAAUUCAAGAGGCUAUCCCGGACAUCAACCGCCUGCUGGAUGGGUACAAGAACACAAAAAGCAAGCUUGCAUCUCGGGAGGCUGAAUUUAAGCAGAUGGAAAGUCAACAUGAACAGGCAUUGAUGCACAAGGAUUUCUACAUCGAAGCACUGCAGAACCAGAUGAGGAAGGCAGCGAACGAGAGUGCGGAGGAAGCAACGAAAUUGAAGAACACCAUAAACGAACUCAGAAUGGAACUAGGCAACCUUGAGGAGAAGAGAAAGGACAUUGAGGAAAACCUGGCCGCGGCGGAAAAGUCCAACCAGGAGCUCCUGCAAACGAAGUCUGAACUGGAAGGGCAGAUCGCCACUCUGAACACGAACAUCAAAGAAGCGCAGGAGGCGCACGAGCAAGAAUUGGAACGUCAGAAGGAUGAGAGAGUGGAAGCUCUUGCAAAUCAGAAGCAAGAGUUGACUGAACUAUUUGAGGAAAUCAAGGCCGAAGACGAGAAAGCGGCAGCGGAAGCUUUGGCAGCUCGGGAGAAGGAAUUACUCGACCAGCAAGAGACGAUGAAGGCAGAAUACGAGAAGGAGAAACAACAACUACAGCAAAAGCACGACACCCUGCAGGCCGAAUUUGACUCUAACGUGACUGAAUUGACAUCGAGGGAAGCCGAAUUGGCCUCCACAAAGGAGGAGCUUGACUCCAAAGUCACGGCAUUGGAGUCGACCAAGACCGAGCUUGAUGACAAGGUUGCGGAGUUGGAGUCGACUCAGACCGAAUUAAACUCCGCAAAGAACGCACUCAAUGAGAAGCAGAAGGAGCUGGAUCAAAAGGAACAGCAGUGGACUGAAGAACGCACUGAGUUGGAGGCUCGGAUUUCCGCCAAGUGUGAAGAGCUGGCCAACUGCGAGCGCGAGAACAAGAAGCUGGAGGAAGAUAACUUGCUCAAGGAGCAACAGCUUGAACGUGCAGUUGAGGGGAUGCGCACCACAAUCGACAAUUUGGGCAAGGAUUGUGACAGGCUGAGGAAGACACUCCACAGUCUUGGAGAAGCAACUGACCUCAAGAGCACCAAGGGAGACUCAUUCUUUUUGGACUGUUUCGACCAGCUCUCUCGUCUUAUCGUUUCCUUGUCCAAGGAGCAUUUCACGUACCUCCCGAUUGAUCCUCCCAAGGACAUAUUGUCUAAGAUUCCUCCGGAGCUCCCAUCGUUCCUUGAUAAUACGCCAGCAUCGCGGGAACUGCGUUCGGCAUAUGUACAGCAUGUCAUCUCGAAAACUUUGACGUACCGGAUCUUCCAGCCGUUCUUGUUCACUCUGGGCAGGCGAUACGACAAAGCGGACACUUUCUUCCAGAUGCUUUCAAUGGACAUUCGCCGCAAGUCCGUCAGACGGGAAGCAUUCUGGAGACAACAGACACUGAAGGCAGCGUAUACCACAUCGGAUGCGAAACAGUCGAUCAACGUCGUGGCUGCGGUGAUUGUCGAUGAAAUCAUCGAUCUUAUCAAACACUUCGCCGACCCACGACAUCUCGAUUCCCUGCUCAUCGGCGUGCGCAAGAUCGUCAAACUCGCGGCCGAGACCUGGAGACUCGCUCGUGUGGAACGAGAACUGAUAAUAGCUAGCCUUCCGGCUCCAGAUGCCGAAGGUGUUUCUAAUGAUAGCUGGGACGAAUAUGGGGCCCCGAAAGAGGGCAGCGUCAGUUCCAUGAACGACCCCAGCCGACAUGUCAUCCUGCGGACUUUCCCCCAGAUUACCCGGGAGGCUGCACACGAGGAUUUCGCCGAGGAUGAGGAAAAGGCCAGUCCUUGCACGUACUCAAGGGGGACUGUCUUGUACUCUGACUCGCCUGUUGUGAUGGCACGUCUUCAGGAACUUGCUAAGAAGUCGACCGAAACACUGGCCAGCGGAGAGGACUCGCCGCGUCGUGGCUCAAGAGGAUCACUCCGCUCGGUGGAAGUCACUGCUCACUGA